GCCUGGGUCGGAGAUGCCUUCUUGAAACUCUAAGUAAGAAUUUCUUACAAACAUUUUCGGAGAAAGUUUUAAAUUUUUCCUAGUAUCCAAGUACAGAAUCGGUCGAUGUUUCAAAAUCUCAACCAUAUAUUUUCACAUGACAAAACCUAGUGCCGAUGGACAAAAAUAUUCAAUUUCCAGUGGACAAGAUCCUAAGCCUGAGACGCAUUUCGGUGCAGACGGAGAACAUGGAGGAGCUGCCCAACUUCCUGCCGCGUCAACUCAGCGCUGACACAGUUAAACGCCCUGACAAGGGGCCUCUGCCCAAGGGACGCUGGAUGUCGGCAAGUGGAGUGGACCUGCCACCUCCACAAAGAUCUCCCAUGUCCCACCUGAAUCGCCAACGGGAGCUGUACUCAACAAACCAAUACAUCAUCGUAUUGAAGACGGUGGUAGGCGUGAUAGUGGUCUGCACUUUCCUAAGCAUGAUUUUCGUUAGUCACCUUGGCCAGAGUGGGGAACGAGAGUCCAGCCCGAAGGUCCUGAUCCUGCUGUGGAACGAGGACCCAUCCAAGAUGUUCAGGAAACCAACGCACUCGGAGUGUGGCUGUGUGGUCACCACUGACAGGAGGCAUUUGGACAAGCCGUACGACGCCGUCGUCUUUAACGCAGAUCUGCCAUACUCCCUCGAGGAUUUCAGCGAAAUCAACCGCACUGCUAAUUAUCUGUCGGUCUUUGCUGCCAGGAAUCCCCUGAGCCUGGGCCAGGGACCAGGGGUUUGGCCCGUCGACAACUGGCCGUUCUUCAACCUGACCAUGACCUAUCGCCUGGACUCGCAACUGGUCUGGUCGGAGUUCUACUUUUCCUUCACCAACACGGCCAGGAGGUUGAACUCGUUCCGUGCCCCCAGUGAGCAGUAUGGCGACGAUAUGCCGGGUAGUAGGAUCCAAUUCCUGGAGAGCCACUUGCAAAAGAAGGAUCGCCUGGCAAUGUACCUAAUCUACGAGGUGGAUGAGGCGAGCCUCCCUGAGAGCUUUUACUUGGCGGAGCUGCGCAAAUUCAUGGACCUAGAUGCCUUCGACAGCUGUAUGGGUCCCAUCGACUGCAAUCACUACCACUUCUGGCUGAUCUUUGAUGCGACAGCCUGUCCAGACUAUGUGCCACCCCAGAUGUACAUGGCCAUGCAUAACUUCAUUGUGCCCGUCCUGAUUGGAGGCGGAAACCUGACCAAUCUAGUGCCGCCGGAGUCCUACAUCAGCAGCAUCGACUUUCCGAAGCCCAAGGAUCUGGCGGCACAUCUAAAGUACUUGGUGAAAACACCGGAGGAGUACCAGCGCUGUUUCUGGUGGCACUCGAUCUACAAGUUGCGCCGCAGCUCGGUGCCCUACUGCCAGCUCUGCUCUUUCCUCAAUCAGCCGAAGGAGGAGCGCCGCAUUGAGACCACCUCACUGAUGAACUUUGCCGACUGGUGGACCAAAUAUCAGUGCCCUCAACGAGUCACCACCUUCUUGUGAUGCGUUUUGAACGAUACCCAUUCUUCGAUUUCCAGAGUCCCCCAAUUAUAAUUACCCAUGUUCGCAAA